CGACCAUGCCCAACAAGAUCACGUCGAACCUUCUCGUCUUCGCCUUGAUUAGCGCGAUCGCAUUCCUCGAAGCGUGCAGGGAGACGCUCGUCGCGUGGCUCGCCGAUGCCCUCGACGAGCAGGACGCCCCAACCUACGAUGCCUACGAUGACAGCGACGACAGCAAGGCCACCUCUUGGUGGUCAUUUCCCAAGCCGCACGACAGCGUUGAUGACGAAGAGGUACACACCGAGUGCUCGUCCGAAGGCAGCGCCGGUCACGACGACUGGGACGCCCAAGCCACGCCGUCGAGCGCGGAAGCUCCGUUCCAACUAAAGCACAAGACGAUGGACCUUCUCAUCGACGAUUACCUCUGCCCUUGUGGCGAGUGCCCUUGGUACAACCUAAUUGAAGCCCAUGUUGCUGCCUAUAGCAUGCCACUGCAGCUCAAGCGCCCCGUGUGCCGAGUGCUACAGGCGUACUCGACGUACAACGAGGCCGUCGGGUACUGUUCUGGCAUGGUGCCAUGGGCUCUUCACUGUGUGGAGACGUGCGACGGCAACGAAGACUCUGCUUUUGCUGCCUUUAUCAACCUCUGCAUGCUCUGAGCAUGCUCGCAUCCUCUCCGAGAGCCUAUUUCACUCGAUUUAAUUUAAUAAAUUAACUGUAAAAAUGCAUGUUGAAGUCA